GAUGACGGAAAACAAGAUGAGCUACCACAGGAAAGCGGUAGCCAAUGUUCUUAUCCACUCGCAAGUAUAAUCAUUCUGUAAGAUGAUCAAUAACAUUGUCACUAUUUGUAAGUUGGGAAUAACAUACAUGAUAGACAAUCUAUUCCAUCAUUAAUAUCUAGAAAUGGAAACAUUGCAGGAAUCAAAUUACUUACGUUUAAACUAUGUUCUUGUAUCUCAUUAUAAAAUCAUUCGAUUGAGUUUCAAUUAUGAUAGACGGUUCAACAAUAUUAUCACUUUCCACUGGAGUUGGUAACUGAUCUUCAUCUUCUAUACCAUUUUCUUUAACUAUUUUCCAAAGAUCAAAACUUGAGCGUGAUUGUUGCCCAAACAUUGCUUCAUAAGGUGUUGUUUUUGUUGUUAAAGUCUAUUUUGAGCUCAAUUUUUUACUGAAAACCAUCCAAGAUCAGGUACAUAUUCAGUAUAAAUUUCACUAAGAUUGAGUGCUCUGGGAAAAAAAUAGAUUUUUGACGGAGGGGGGCUUAAAAGCAUCUUAUUUAGUAACAUCAUCGUCACCAUCACCACAACAUGCAGAUGUAAGACGUAAAGCGACAGAUAAUUAUUUAGAAACAGCUAAUAAACAAAGAAAACUAUAUGAUGAACACCUAUCUAGAUUAGCUGAAUAAUAUAAGAAAAGAGAUUGUGUCGGUGUUAAAAUUCAUGAUGUUGCCGAACGAAUACUGAUCCAAAAAUCUUACCUUGUUUAAUUCUUUCAAAAGAACAAUAAGGUGAAGAUAUUAUUUUUUAUUUAGCAUGUCAAUUUGGUUUAUUUUCAACUACGUUCACCAUUGAAAGUCUUGUUGAUCUAAGAACACCUUGUCCUGAUGAUUUAAAAAAUUUAGAUGUGUUUGAACUUAAAGAUGAAAUUACUUUGAUAGACGCAUCGAAACUGUUUGUUCGUGGAGCGACGUGUGAUUGUAAAAUGAAAUGUGCGACAAAACACUGUCCAUAUGGUGAAGAUUUAGCUAAUGAAGAAAAAUUCAAAAUAUCAAUUAAUGAAAAAGUCAUCGAAGAACGACCAAAAAAUACGAUGGAAGUAGAACAAACAACAUAUUAUGUUUGUAUUUUUCAUAAUGGUUCGAAUCGUUUCAUUUGA